UGUACAACACCACUGUUCCAACCACCAAAGGAUACGAAAAUUUUUAACGAAAUGUGGAACUCUUCGACGUCCGCUGUUCAAGUAAAUGCUGGUACUUCCACAAACGAUCCUAAAACCGACACAUCUAACGAUACUGGAACAGAAUCCCUUACAUGGAUCUCGUGGUUCUGUGGUCUCCCUGGCCACGAAUACUUUGCCGAAGUCGCUGAAGAUUUCAUUGAGGAUGAUUUUAAUUUAACUGGCUUGAAUUCAAUGGUUCCUUUUUAUAAGGAAGCACUUGAAAUGAUCUUGGAUGUUGAAUCCGAGGAAGAAGCUUUAAAAGUGCCAGACGUGUCAAUCGUUGAAACAUCUGCAGAAUUAUUAUAUGGUCUUAUACAUCAGCGUUAUAUUAUUACGCGCCAAGGAUUACAGCAAAUGGCAAGUCUAGCAAUCUACGUCUUAGUGGAUAAAUAUGAGUCUAAGCAUUUUGGCACUUGUCCUAGAUAUUAUUGUCAAUCAUGUCCCGUCAUUCCUUGCGGGCGGAGUGAUAUGCCAGGUUUAGAGACCGUAAAGUUGUUUUGUCCAAAUUGUCUUGAUCUAUAUACACCGCCUAGUUCAAGAUUUCAUAGCGUUGAUGGAGCUUUCUUUGGUACAACCUUUCCUCACCUUCUCUUUCAGCAGUAUCCAGAUCUGCUUCAAAAUACUCCAACAGAAAUUUAUGAGCCAAAGAUCUUUGGAUUUAAAGUCAAUGAAAAAAGUCGUAGCG